AUGACUCAUGAACGUAUAUCCGAAGAAGCGCAUGGCGAACUUGCCUCUUUUUUUACAAAUGAAACUGAUCUUUUACUUGGCGAUGAAAUUAUGGAUAUAGUCAAUGGUUCUAAUUUUGUAAAUGAUCUUAAUGAUGUUGGUCUAUGUGAUUUCGACCAAAUGAUCGAAUCAAUAAUGGGUCCUGUUGAACCAAAUGACUUAGAUAAAUACUUAGGUCUACCCAAUCAACAAGUUUUAGAUAGGUCUCCUGAUUAUGACAACAAUUGUGCAUUGGCUUUGAGUGAUAUAUUUGCAACACCAAUUAUAAAAGGAGAAAAGAUUUAUUCAAAUACUAAACAAGUUGCAUUGUCACAAUCGGUUGGUGUUGGUCAAACACAAAAUAUACCCAAACCUUCGCAAAAAAUCUCUAUUCCUUAUGAUUUAGAAGAAUCUUUUCGACCUCGUUACAAAAGUGACUAUUUUGCUCAGAAUGGAAAAAAUCGUAAACCAAGAUAUGUUGCUGAUCGAAUUGGUAAUCACUUUGUUACUAUCAAAGUUCCAGUAGGUGUUCGUGGUUAUAUUCGAGUUGCUUGGCUAACAAUACCUGAUAAAUCUGGAAAUCAAUAUUAUAUGCCUUACAAAUUUCAGCAAAGUAAUGUUUCAAUACAAGAACAGGAUGUUAACCCAUUAUACGUUCCAAUUGCUGCUGAUAGCCAUGGAUAUAUGAGAUUAUAUCUCGUAUUAAUCAAAUCAACACAAGGUGAACUUAAAUCGAUUAGUUCAUUGGAACCAUUUCAACCAUUUCGCAAUUUGUUUGGUGCAUUAGAUGAAAAGAAGACAGAACAAAAAUUGGCAUUAACUCCCAAGCAAUUGAUUCAUAUGUAUCAAUUAGAUCAGUCUCAAUUAGCAUUUACAUUUUGUUCGAUAAGUCCAGAUGGAAAGCAGACUAUACAUGAAUGGGAUACAACCGUUUAUUCAACAGUUCUCACUGAACUACCACCAGAGAAUUCAAAACGAAAAAUAAUUACAUGUCCAAGAUGCACACAUGAAUUUCCAUUACAGAUAAAUGGUGAUGAUGAUGGUACUCCAAAAAAAGUUACAAAGAAACGAAAAAAAUAUUAUUUUUAUUUUAGUUAUAAAGAAAUUGAUUAUGUGCUUGAUAUAUUUGCAUUUCUUCUACAAAAAAAACUUGUACUUAUGGCUUACUAA